AUGCCUUGCCUGCUCUCUGAAGCUCUGGAACCCACGGAGUCUGACAGCGGGACUCCCGGGGCCUCCCUGGAUGCGGGCUCACGGAAGUCGCUCGGCAGGGAGACGGUGAGGGAGAGGCCGGCGGUCCAGGGGAUGGGCUGGUUCUUCUCCCCGCUGUGGACUCCGCGCUCCAAGUCGCGCAGCAGGAAGUUUGGAGAAAGCAUGAGGAGCGACCAGGUGGAGGCCUGGUUAGAUGACCACUCAGACUUCACCAGGGCGUACUUUCUUCGCAGAGCUUCAGCUAGUGGCGAAGGCUGCCCAUGGAUGACAGAGCUCCUGGGAGGAGGCCUACGAUGGAUGGGUUCUGUAGCGGAGCUCUGCCAGGAGGCUGUUGUGCACAUUGGGGAACUGCUGGCCCCUGAGGGCAGCUGCCUCUCCCUUGUGAGGAAAGACUGUGGUAGAAGAAGCACCUUGGAGGAGGUGGUAGCCCUGACAGCACCAGGCCACUUGAGCGAAGACAACCCGUACAGCAAUCCACAUCUGGAGCUGGUGAAGGGUAUCAUGGGAUGUGUGUUGGAGACAGGUUCACCAGUGAACCUGAGAGAUACGCCCGAGGACCCAAGAUUCAACUUAGAUAUGGAUCAAUCAUCAAAGAUCAGGAGUGUUUUGGGUGUUCCCAUCAAAAACCACUGGAGAGAGGUGGUAGGUGUAGUGGUGAUGAUCAACAAAAGAAGUGGCUACGAUGGAUCAUCUUCUGUUUUUACGAACAUGGAUGAAAAGGUGCUGUCCAAUCACAUGGAUGUGUUGGGGAUGGUACUGGAUAAUGUCCAGCUGUAUGAGAGCUCCAGACAAGAGGCUAAACGCAGCCAGGCCUUGGUAGAAAUGGCACAUGUAUUAUCAAAAGAACACCAGUCCUUUGAGGUUCUAUUGAGUAAGAUGGCUGCCACCAUCAUGCCCUUCACACAUGCUCAGUACUGCACCAUCUUCAUCCCCAGUGAGCAAACGUCAGUCACAGAAGACAAGAUUUCAUUCUCACGAGUAAUACACUUGGAGUGUGAGGAGCUCGGAUCAACUUGCCAGAUCUACAGAAGGGAGCGUGACAUCAGCGACAUAGAUCCAUCGUAUGCCUUUCAAACACUGAUGGCCAUGGAAACACUGAACAUGUCAAAGACUUCUGAGGAAUCAGUAAUGAGCCUCAUCUGCUGCCCUGUUCGAAAUGAAAGAUCUGAAAAUAUUAUUGCUGUGUGCCAGCUGAUGAACAAACAGAGCAAAGACUCAGAUGAGAUGGAAGCCUUUAACCGAUAUGAUGAGCGCCUCCUGGAAGACCUGGCGGUGUACUGUGGCCUGGCUUUACAAUACGCUCAGGCUGUCCAGAUCACAGAGGAGCGGAGGGCCAGUAUAGAGGUCACACAGGAGGUUCUUGCAUACCAUAUCACGGCAGCAGAGGAGGAAAUCCAGGCAUUGCAGGAAGCCACGAUUCCCUCUGGUGAAUCACUGAAUAUUCUGGACUUCCAUUUCUCUGGUUUUGGCCUCCCAGACGACCUGACCACUCAGGCCACCAUUCGCAUGUUCCUAGACCUCAAUUUGGUGCAGGAUUUUAACAUCGAUUACAAGAGCCUCUGCCAGUGGGUCCUGACUGUGAAACGUGGUUACAGGAACAGCGUGCCUUAUCACAACUGGAACCAUGGACUGAGCACGGCUCAAAGCAUGUUUGCGAUGCUCAUGGCCACAGGCCAACUACAGACUAUAUUUUCCCGUCUGGAGAUCCUAGCAUUGAUGAUAGCCACUCUAAAUCACGAUCUCGACCACAGGGGUGUUAAUAAUUCCUACAUAGAAAGGACUCAGCAGCCUUUAGCUCAGCUGUAUGGACACUCGUCUCUAGAGAACCACCACUACAAUUUGUGUCUCUUCAUCCUAAACAACACCGGGAGUCAGAUUCUCAGCGGUCUGUCUCCAGAAGACCACAAAACUGUACUACACUUGAUCAAAAGGGCAAUCCUCGCCACUGACCUGACCGUCUACAUGGAGAGAAGAAAAGAAUUCUUCAGUCUUGCCAAGAAAAAGAGAGUGAGCUGGAAGAGCGAGAAACAGCGAGAUCUGCUGAGAUCGAUGUUGAUGACAGCAAGUGACCUGUCUGCUAUUACAAAGCCCUGGCCUGAACAAAGACGGAUUGCCAGCCUGGUUGCCAAAGAGUUAUUUGCACAAGGGGAUAAAGAGAGGGAGCAAUUCAAAACUGAGCCCAUAGACGUGAUGAACAGAGAAAACAGCACUCGACUGCCAAACAUGCAAGUUGAAUACAUUGAUGAGAUCUGCUAUCCGCUCUACAAGACUGUCUCGGGACUCUUCAACAGCUGCUCUCCGUUGCUGAGUGGUUGUAAGAAGAACAGAGAAAACUGGCUGCAGCUCGCUGAGGAGGCAGAAGAAGAAAACAACGAAAACAGCAGUACUGUAACCUUGGAGACACAUAAAAGCAUUGAUGAAGAGACCCAGACUGAGGAAUAAAGACUGGACAGAAGAUGAAGACAAUGACUUUGGGAGCAAAAAGAAAUCUCAUGCUGCACCUCAUCCUCUCCUGGACACAUCUUAACUAAACUAUGAUCUGAUGCCUACACAGCAGAACUUGGAUGAAGAAAAUCGUUAAUGGGUUAUACAGUAAUCUUGACUAAUAACAAUGCAGUUAUGUCUCAAACAACUUAGAUAAUGGUCACUGAAACUAUGAACGUCUGCUAAAUUAAUUAAAUAAUUUUUAUACCAUAUCUGUACUUUUAUCUAUGAAACACUUUGUUUUGCAAGUUCAUUUCCAGAUUUGCGAAUGAACACCAAGCUUUUGAAAUGUUUGUAGAUUUUAAAACAUAGAAAAAUUUUCCCUGAAUCCUUACGUUAUUAAAUUAGUAGUUAUUUUGAGAUGUUUUAUUCACCUUUUGAUGCACUCUGAGAUUAGAUUUGACAAAUGUGUUGUUUUUAUAUAUAUAUAUACAUUUUUAAAAUUAUGAUUACUAUUGAUAUCUUCUACUAUGUAAUCAGCAAUUACAGCCUAAAUACUUAUAAAGCCUGGCCACAAGUCAUUGCUGGU